AUGUUUUACUAUAACUUUCAAAAUAGGCACCUAUCUACGGUAGUACUGUACGGUACUAAAAAUAAACAGACUGCUGCUCCAGGCCGGAACAUCAGGAGGAGAGAUUGUUUCAGAGGCGAAGGAGUGCCAUCAGAUCGGUGUGGAGCGUCAAAAAGGGCGGAGCAACGUAUGGCACAGCUGCGCCUUUAUCAGCGCCUUUUUCUGCCGGAGCUCCGCGACAAGCCGCGACGCCUUCAGCGCCAUUAA